UCUCGGCGAAGAAAUCCAAAACAAAUUUGAACCGUACUCCGUACUUAAUCGUGAGCUAGCCAUAAAUCACGGUAGUGUACGGAGUGCGGUACGACAGUUCGUUUGAAAUUCAUCCUGUUAUUCGUGAAUGAGAAUAAAUAACGAGUGUGCGAUGAGCGCGAGUAUGAAGGAGACGGUGCAUAAUUUGAGCAAUGUCGUGAACAACGAGCAUGUUCACGGGAAUGAAGAGCAGGCAGUCAUCUCUGAAGAGUCGUCAGCCAAGCAGAAGUUAAGGAGCUGGCUGAAUCGACAUCUACGUAUUGAAAUGACUGACGGUAGGGUGUUGAGAGGAGCGUUCUUGUGUACGGAUCGUGAUGCCAACGUUAUUUUGGGUUCGUGCACCGAGUAUUUGUCUAUGGAGCACACAGAAGCAAGAGUCUUGGGCUUGGUGAUGGUGCCCGGUCGACAUAUUGUCUCGAUUCAUUUAGAUGUUUGAAGCAGCGCUGCUCUUGCAAGUCUAAAGAGAAAUUUUCGAAGAGCGCGAGUGAAAAAUGCAGACGAUACUGUGUACCUAACCUCACUAGUAAAGUCAGCUGAUAAAGAGAAAUGAGGAGAAAUUAAAUUUAUAGAAAUUCAACCGAUUAAAAAUA